AUGGUGAAUAAACGCACUAAGAACAGGCGGCGCGCCUCCAUGAUGUCCCACAACCUUCAAAAUACUGCCAACCCACUUCGACGUCAUAGUGAAGCAUCGACUACUAAAGCGAGUGAAGUUAGCUCAGCCGAGCUUGUUGUCGAGAACUCCCAACUUUUGCCAGCCCGCCAGAGAUUGGCAAACGAUAGAGAUGUUUUAGCAAUGGAAGAAGGCGAACUCAAGCAUGGCAAAAAAGCACUGAUAAUGAUGUCACCGCGUCUGGAUGCACAGCUCGGUGGCUACCCACCAGAUUGUGGCACCAAAGAGCUCAAGUAUCUGUCAUAUGCCAAGCUACUUCGUGAUCGUGGACUGACUCAUCCGAUGCGAUACUCAAACACUCGAGUGGAUGCGCUGGGUUUUGCCAUGCCGGAGCGAUUUCCACUCGGUUGUUAUUACGUGGCUCUUCUUCUUGCUCAUGGUGCUUAG